AUGAGGAUUGUUUCCUCCUUCCUCCUCCUAUUCACGCUACUGCAACUAUUGCUCAACCCAAUUUUCUCUAUUUCCGACUCCGAUGGCCCUUUUCCCGUUCGCCGGGAAGUCUACGGAAAUGGAAGGAUUUUUGACAUUACUCACAGAAUAACCUCUGAUAUGCCGUCGUACGGCUCUGAAGAGGGGCUAGGACAGUUCUUGUGGCUACCCAAUAGCAUGAAGAAUGGAUCCCUAGCUAAUAACUCUGUCAUGAAAUUACCCACCCACACAGGCACCCAUUUUGAUGCUCCUGACCAUGUCUUUGAUCAUUACUAUGAUGCUGGGUUAGAUGUUGAUACCCUUGACCUAGAGGUUCUCAAUGGUCCUGCAUUGUUGGUCGAUGUUCCAAGAGACAAGAACUUAACAGCGGAGGUUAUGACAUCCUUACAUAUUCCCAAGGGAGUGAAGCGAGUACUUUUCAGAACCCUAAAUACCGACAGGCGUCUUAUGUGGAAAAAGAAGUUAGACUCAAGCUUUGUGGGAUUCAUGAAGGAUGGUGCACAGUGGCUGGUGGAUAACACUGACAUCAAACUUGUUGGAAUUGAUUAUUUGUCAAUUGCUGCGUAUGAUGAUUUGAUUCCUGCUCAUCUUGUUUUCCUCAAAAGCAGGGAAAUCAUUGUCGUGGAAGCAUUGAAGCUUGAUGAUAUAAAACCUGGAAUAUACACUGUACACUGCCUGCCCUUAAGGAUGCUUGGUGCCGAGGGAUCACCUGUUAGGUGUAUAUUAAUUAAGUGAUGCUCUCCUUGUAAACUUUUCCAACCAUAAGGAAGCACCAGAGAUAUGUUGGAGUGGAGUAAAGCACCACACAAGGG